GCAGGACUCCGGGAGCCCGGCCGGUGCAGCUCUUGCUUCUUUCUGCAGCCUGUGCCUGCGCCCGACCCCGUGAGGACCCGGGACCGUAGCGGCCUAAGACCACCAAGCUGAUGGCGUCUUCCACACCUUCUUCGUCCGCAACCUCCUCGAACGCAGGAGCGGACCCCAACACCGCCAACCUGCGCCCCACAACAUAUGACACUUGGUGCGGCGUGGCCCAUGGAUGCACCCGAAAACUGGGGCUGAAGAUCUGCGGCUUCUUGCAAAGGACCAACAGUCUGGAAGAGAAGAGCCGCCUCGUGAGCGCCUUCAGGGAGAGGCAGUCCUCUAAGAACCUGCUUUCGUGCGAGAACAGUGAGCGCGACUCCCGCUUCCGGCGCACGGAGACCGACUUCUCCAACCUGUUCGCCCGAGACCUGCUUCCGGCUAAGAACGGGGAGGAGCAAACUGUUCAGUUCCUGCUGGAGGUGGUGGACAUCCUCCUCAACUAUGUGCGCAAGACGUUUGAUCGUUCCACCAAGGUGCUGGACUUCCAUCACCCACACCAGUUGCUGGAAGGCAUGGAGGGCUUCAACUUGGAGCUCUCCGACCAUCCCGAGUCCCUGGAGCAGAUCCUGGUGGACUGCCGAGACACCCUCAAGUAUGGCGUUCGCACAGGUCAUCCUCGGUUUUUCAACCAGCUGUCCACUGGAUUGGACAUCAUUGGCUUAGCUGGCGAAUGGCUGACGUCAACUGCCAACACCAAUAUGUUUACCUAUGAAAUUGCACCAGUGUUUGUCCUCAUGGAACAAAUAACACUGAAGAAGAUGAGAGAAAUAGUUGGAUGGUCAAAUAAAGAUGGUGAUGGGAUAUUUUCUCCUGGGGGAGCCAUUUCCAACCUGUACAGCAUCAUGGCUGCCCGCUACAAGUACUUCCCGGAAGUUAAGACUAAGGGCAUGGCUGCCGUGCCCAAACUGGUCCUCUUCACCUCAGAGCAUAGUCAUUAUUCCAUCAAGAAAGCUGGGGCAGCACUUGGCUUUGGAACUGACAAUGUGAUUUUGAUAAAGUGCAAUGAAAGGGGGAAGAUCAUCCCAGCUGACUUAGAGGCGAAAAUUCUUGAAGCCAAGCAAAAGGGGUAUGUUCCUCUUUAUGUCAAUGCGACCGCAGGCACGACUGUUUAUGGAGCUUUUGACCCAAUACAGGAGAUUGCAGAUCUUUGUGAGAAGUACAACCUCUGGCUGCAUGUCGAUGCUGCUUGGGGCGGAGGGCUGCUCAUGUCGCGGAAGCACCGCCACAAACUCAGCGGCAUUGAAAGGGCCAACUCUGUCACCUGGAACCCUCACAAGAUGAUGGGCGUGUUGUUGCAGUGCUCGGCCAUUCUCGUCAGGGAGAAGGGGCUACUCCAAGGAUGCAACCAGAUGUGUGCGGGGUACCUCUUCCAGCCAGACAAGCAGUACGACGUCUCGUAUGACACUGGGGACAAGGCAAUUCAGUGUGGCCGCCACGUGGAUAUCUUCAAGUUCUGGCUGAUGUGGAAAGCCAAGGGUACAGUGGGAUUUGAAAAUCAGAUCAACAAAUGCCUGGAACUGGCUGAGUACCUGUAUGCCAAGAUUAAGAACAGAGAAGAAUUUGAGAUGGUAUUUGAUGGCGAGCCUGAACACACCAACGUCUGUUUCUGGUAUAUUCCACAAAGCCUCAGGGGUGUUCCUGACAGCCCUGAGCGAAGGGAAAAGCUCCACAGGGUGGCUCCAAAGAUCAAAGCUCUAAUGAUGGAGUCAGGCACCACCAUGGUUGGCUACCAGCCUCAGGGGGACAAAGCCAACUUCUUCCGGAUGGUCAUCUCAAACCCGGCUGCAACCCAGUCAGACAUCGACUUCCUCAUUGAGGAGAUAGAAAGACUGGGCCAGGACCUGUAAGCACCCAUGGCAGAACCCGAGUUGGUGGGGCAUUGCCAUUCCCCUGAGGCCUCCUAGAGCAAACCUCCAUGUGUUACGGAAACACACAGGCCAUUCCAUGGAGGGAAAAGGCAAUCUGUCGACGACAACCAUUCAAUCCUUCCUUGAGCUUGUUUGUUGUAGUUAGCAGGACUUAGGUUCUUUUUCAGCAGUUGCACAUUAGGAGCACAGUACAUAUGUACAGUUAUCUAGACCGCUCUCUAUAUGUACGUAUAGCGAGUGGACUUAGUCUUACGCCACAGCAUGUAACUGAGGGGCUAAACAUGCUAUAAUCCAGCUUGUCCAUCAUCUGCAGACCAGAUGUUUUUCAAAAUGCCAUGUCCCAGGAGAGUGGUCCUCUGUCAGUGCUUCUCUCCUACCUGAAGUAAUGAUGGAUGAGAACAGGCACCAGUAGCUGACAGGAGUCACACCCUCCCCAUUAGUGUCCAGCUACGGGAAAGCAGAACGGAGUCCUUGUUACAGGUGUACUAUGGCCGUAUUUUUAGAGAUUAUUUUGUGUAGAUUGUGUAAAUUAUUGUCAUGGGGGGGAGUGGGGGAAGGAAGAACUCAAGUAAUGAUUUCAAUAACUUUAAUUGUAGGUGAGUGCAAAUAUUUGCUUAUUUAUAUUCAGAGAUUUAUCAUGUUAAAGAGCAUCUUGUAUUUUCCUCCCAUUUGUAAUGUAUCUUAUUUAUAUAUUAAUGAAGUAAGUUCUGAAUACUGUUUAUGGUAUUUCUGUGCUUUUGUGAGCCAAAGAGAACAGAUUAUUAUUCGUGAGACUUGUAUUUAUCUUAGAGUGCCCUUACACCAAUGAUUUUAGCAUAAAUAUACUGUGUGCAAAUGAACUCUUAUACUGUACAUAGAGUAAUGUAUAUGGAAAUCCUAUUCCUUCACAGCAUCUACCCUCUCUCACCCUCUGUAUCUGGCUGUGUUGUCUUGGUGUCCCCUAUGCCUUUGUAGCAACUAUUGGGUCAUACCUGGGCCUCCCAUAAUUUUGUAGUGUUCAUGACCAAUCCCUGUGACUCGCUUAGCUGAAACCUAAGGCAAUGUUUCUGAAGAUCUCAGACAAAUUGACCAGACUCACAACUGUCUUGAAAGAAAGGAAAUCCACACUGUGUGCUUUAGAAUAUUCAAGAAGAAUUAUAAGUAAAUAAAAAUAUUCUCCAUGGAGAACUGAA